GCCAUAGUAAGCAGUCUUUGGGGAGUCCUAAUGGUUUAAUUUAAUUUUUCCUUGUGAAGAUAUGGUAAUAGUUUCAGUCCAAUAUUUUCUCACAAUUUGUCCUUCUUAGUCGCUUUUUUUCUGUUACCCAGUGUACUAGCCACUGAAAACUUAUAAGCACAUUUCAGAUGCUACCUUGAAGAACCACAGGCCCUUUGAGAGAGACUAGCAUCUUAUAUUGUAAGAUGACAGUGAAGUUACCUGUGUAAAAACUAUUUACUGUGCCUCCACGUUUGCACUACUUGAGGAAGGGAAGCCAGCUGUUUUAAUGCCCAGACUGCUUGAAUGACAGAUUAAUCAGUCACUCGAUGGGGAUUAACAGUGGACCACCUUUUUGUGAUACCUUUCCACCUGUCUGUAGCAAGAAAAAUAAUUUCAGCACCUCUUCAAUAAUAAUGAUGAAACUGGUAUUAACUGAAUGGCAAUUAUGGAUUUUUAACUCUAAUUCACAGUAAACCAGCAAGCCAUAUGUUUAAAGCCCUACCAAAUACCAUUCUCUUUUGCUGCAUGUCUCAGACAUAGGUGAGAAGUUCUGAGAUACCCGUUUGUACAAAGAGGAAUGUGUUAACCUACAUGAGGAACGUGACAGAAGCUGAAAGAGAAGACACCUUAAUUUAUCAUUAAAGAUAUAUGAUAGUAUUAUUUAUAUAGGUAGAAUAAAGAUAUAUAUUUUGGUGGUAAUGAAAAUGGCUCCUCAGAAUGCCGACUCGGAGUCUAUGCAAGUCCAAGACCUCGCUGCACCAGCCCCAGACCUUCAGAAAUCUGAAAAUAAAGGGAAUGAGAACCACGAUGAGACAGUUAGCGAAGGAUCCAUAGACCGCAUACCAGUUCGCCUUUGGGUGAUGCAUGGGGCAGUAAUGUUUGGCAGGGAAUUCUGUUAUGCCAUGGAAACAGCUUGGGUCACACCAAUAUUGUUGCAAAUUGGUCUUCCGGAACAGUACUAUAGCCUCACUUGGUUCCUUAGCCCUAUCCUGGGCCUCAUCUGCACUCCACUGAUAGGUUCUGCUAGUGACCGAUGUACACUUAGCUGGGGCCGCCGGCGGCCUUUCAUUCUUGCUCUCUGCAUUGGAGUUCUCUUUGGAGUUGCACUUUUCCUCAAUGGUCCUGCCUUAGGUCUGGCCCUUGGUGAUGUUCAGAAUAAGCAUCCGAUUGGGAUUGUCCUCACAGUGCUUGGUGUUGUGGUCUUGGAUUUCAGUGCAGAUGCAACAGAAGGGCCCAUCCGUGCCUACUUGUUGGAUGUCGUGGACAGUGAAGAACAAGACAUGGCGCUUAACAUCCAUGCCUUUUCAGCCGGUCUGGGAGGAGCAACUGGCUACGUGCUGGGAGGUUUGGAUUGGACACAGACCUUCUUGGGUGUCUGGUUUAAAACCCAGUAUCAAGUCCUCUUCUUCUUUGCAGCUGUCAUUUUCACAGUGUCUGUAGUCCUUCACCUCUUUAGCAUUGAAGAAGAACAAUAUUGCCCUCAGCAAGAGCGAAUUGAAGAAGCAGAUACUCUCUCCAGCGGCAAAUUUAGCAGCAGCCUCCCCCCACUCAGCCGCUUGAAUGUAAUUAAUGAGGGAGAGCCAUAUGGGGUUUCUAUGUUUGCUGAUGAAGUGCAGUCUGAGCACGAGCUCAGUAUGGAUUAUCUUGAUGUGGACAUCGUAAGAAGUAAAAGUGAUUCUGUACUUCACAUGCCUGAUGCAACAUUGGAAAUUGAGCCAGAGCUACUUUUCCUUCAUGACAUUGAACCCUCCAUUUUUCAGGACUCUUCAAACCCUAACACUCCCCGAAGCACUAGCCAGGAGCUUAUGAAAUGCAAACGGAGCCGUUUGUCCACUCUCCUCAGGGAAAAUGAAAAAGAAGAUGAUAUGUUGCUUGAUAAUCACUUGAAUGAAGCCAAAGUCCCAAAUGGCAGUGGCUCUCCACCAAAAGAUCUCAUCAAUGGAAACUCUAAAAUGGCCUUGAAGACAUCAAACACUUCAGGCUCCAUUCGGAGGAGAAGGCACAUGUUCUACCGCCAGGCAUCUUGUACCUUUUCCUACUAUGGCAAAGUGGGGUCUCACCGUUACCGUUUCCGACGAGCUAAUGCCAUUGUGCUGAUUAAGUCAUCCCGAAGCAUGAAUGACAUCUAUGAUAUACAGAAGAGGCAUCGUCAGAGGUGUAGACAAAGGAACCAGAGUGGUGCAACCAAUUCCAGUGGAGACUCAGAGAGUGAAGAAGGGGAAACUGAGACUACAGUCAAACUUCUGUGGCUGUCCAUGUUGAAGAUGCCUAAGGAGCUAAAGAGGCUUUGCCUGUGUCACCUUGUGACCUGGUUUUCAAUCAUUGCCGAAGCAGUGUUUUAUACAGAUUUUAUGGGCCAAGUCAUCUUUGAAGGUGACCCUAAGGCACCUUCAAAUUCUACUGCUUGGCAUGCAUAUAAUGCAGGUGUGAAGAUGGGCUGUUGGGGGUUAGUCAUCUAUGCCUCUACUGCUGCUAUUUGCUCAGCCCUGUUACAGAAGUAUUUGGACAACUAUGACCUUAGUAUAAGGGUGAUUUACAUCCUAGGAACUCUGGGUUUUUCGAUUGGUACUGCAGUGAUGGCCAUUUUCUCCAACAUCUACGUCGCUAUGAUAAUGAUCAGCACUAUGGGCAUCGUGUCAAUGAGCAUAUCCUACUGUCCCUAUGUACUCUUAGGACAAUAUCAUGAGAUUAAAGAGUACGUGCAACAUAGCCCUGGAAAUUCAAGGCGUGGAUUUGGCAUUGACUGUGCAAUCCUCUCCUGUCAGGUUUAUAUUUCCCAAAUCCUUGUAGCCUCUGCGCUUGGUGGAGUGGUGGAAGCAGUGGGUACUGUCCGUGUUAUUCCAAUGGUGGCAUCUGUGGGAUCAUUCUUGGGCUUCUUGUCAGCAACGUUCCUGGUGAUUUACCCUGACUGUGAAGAAUCCAAGGAAGAGCAUAAGGGACUGUCUUCUCGCCACCCAGCUGGGAGUGGCAACACCGAGGAGAAACCCAGUGUUUUAAAGCUCUUUCGGAAAGAGGAGUCCCAAGUCUCAGUAGAGAGCGAGUCAGUCAUCUGAAUCUACCGUUCUGAUUUUACACACAUUCCAAGCAGGAACUGGGUCUGAGUGUGGAGAUGGUUUUAAAGGGGGAAGGGGGAAGAAGUUACUGAACAUUCUGUAAUUGCUGUUGCCUGAAUUAUGGCAUAAAUAAGAUUUCGUGCAAAAAUGUACUCAAAAUGUAUUAGUCUUAGGUUAAGUUUGAACCAGUAGGCAAAUGUAGGAAACUGAUUGCUUUCUCCACUUUAAAAACAGAGGGAAAAAAACCAAACAGAAAAACUCCACAUCACUUAUAAAUGCCUACACCUUUUUUCUUUUUUAAUGAAGAAUAAGACCUUUUGAUUCCAACUAUUACUCAAAAUCUGCAGGUAUAUCAUUCUGCAUGUUUUUAACAUGUUACUGUAUAGACAACCAAUUUAGAAAAAAUUAAGAGAUAUUUUGCCUUUUUUAGAUUGUAAUUUCAAACAGAAAGCUAUUUUGACAACUUUUAUGAGAUGUCAUCUGAAUCCCUCAGAUAAUACAAGUUUAACUUGAAUAAGAUACUUUUAUCAGAAAUUUUUUCCACAGACAGCUAUUAGUCUGACAGCUAUAGUUAUUUGGUCAAAUUUCACCGCAUUUUUUUGGUACAACUAUCAUUGAAUAUUUUUCUUUGCAAUCACAUUAGAAAAAAAGCACAAAAGUGUGGUUUUCUUUCUUUAAAAACGCAUUGGACAUUUUCCUCAAGACUGACUGAUCUAGGCCCAGGGGUUGGGGGUGGGAGAUAGGGUUGGGAACAUACCAAAGGUGGGAGGAGCAGCCCAGAAGGUGAUCUUGUGUUUGAAAUGCCCACUUGACAAGGACAGUUUGUUUUUAAUGUAUCAUCAGAACAUGCUGUGAUAGGACAUUAAGAGAAGACCCUGCAUUUGAACUGGUGAAUGUGCUGCGUCAUGUCUGUCUGGGUGUAGGGGCUUGUGUGUUUGUUGUGAGGGCUUUGUUGUUUUUGUGGCACCUGAUGCUGAUCAUCUCCGAAGCAACCAUGAAGGGGCAGAGGGUGUUCUCCUGUUAUAAGCCAGCUUCAUAGAAUGGGGGACAGCCCUCUGGGGAAGGGAGGGUGGGGAUUUUUUUUUUAAUUGCACUUUUUAUCAUCUUGAACCUUUUGUUGGGGAAAUCAUGCGAGCUGAGUUUGAAGGCCUAGCACCACUACAACAACAUGAAGAUUUGCGUGGGAUUGUCUCGUGAUAACAGCAUCCACGUCCAAGGUGGCCUUGCACCUUUACGGGGAAAAAAGAAAUGGAUAUCGGUGAGCACGUGUGCCUUGCCUGCUGCUGGAUGGGUGAGCAGUUGCACCUGCUGCAGCUCUGGGGCCUCUGUUGACCUCUCAGCCAGGGAAUCCAUCCUGGAAAUGGGACUUUCUUAGGCGACUUUAUGGGUGUGGGUUUUUUUCCUCUAGAACAAAAGGAAAGACUGCUCUGUUUUCUACAUUUAAGAAACCUUUAGUAUUUCCAGUUUUCACAUACAAGCAAAACUCAGAAUGGGGGUAAAGUAGAAAAUGCAGCUGCUAUUGGAAACUUCUCUCCAGCCACAGUUUCUCUGACAGUGAGGAAGCUCUCCUGCUCUUUCUUGUUAGUAGUGGCCAUGAUGAGCAAGCACAUGGAUUUCAGGGAAGAGAGCCGGGAGCCUGCUGCCGCUUAAACUGAUCAAUUAAGACAUUGUGGUACUGCUGCCUCGAAGUGGUUCUUUUUAAAAUAAAGUACUUUAAGAUGCAUGUGAAUCAUGCUGCAAUAUGAUCAUUCAAAAGCAGAUGUAUAUUUCAAGAUAAAACUGAGAAGUUUUUAAAAUAAAUUACUUGAAUUUUCAGUGUAUAUAAGAGAAUGAAUAUGUUUUAAUGUACUGAUCUAAUCUACAUUCUUGCCAGUGUCUGUACAAGUUGCUGAUGGGAGUAUGUUUCUUUUGUUUGUUUGUUCUUAAUAACUUUCUCAGUCUGUGUUCAUUUAAGUUAGACUCCCAUCAGAAACAAACGUACUGUGUUAAGUUGCUGGAAUUUCCUAGCUCACAAGGACACCAAAUUGCACAGGACUUUUUCCAAGUCUCAAAUGUUGCUUGACUGUUGUCUACACUUUUGUGUUUUGUCUUUUGUUUUUCAUUUAGAACCAUAUGUGUAUGUGAAUUUUUUGCUCAGACAAAAAACCGACAGUACUACUGAAGGCAUUUACAACCUUGCUGCAAACCAUGCAGUUUGUCUGAAGUACCCUAGCUACCCUUCAGGGAGCAGGCUUCUCUAUCACCUUUCGCUCACUGGAACAGGUGCUGUAGACAGGGAGGCCAAGUUGUAAUACAUGACUCACUUCAUAUCACUUUACAGCUGUAAAAUACUGUUUGUCAGGACUUUUGACUCUUGUUCUGGAGGAUCGUGCUCAGGUAGCUAAAGGCUUAUUGAUCCACUUAGAGGUGCUGCCCUUCUAACAAUUCAGAAAAUGGAUGAAGGAGAGAUUAGAAUGAGAACACAAUCAGUAUGUUUAUGUCUUUGAUACGUCUUCAGUUUUUUUAAUGAAUUAGAUGGACCUUUGCUUUCCAGAGCCCUGGUGCCUGUAGAGUAUUUCAUUUCGCUGUUUGCAAAUAUGAUACUUGUUGUGGCAGGCAACUUACGGAAUACCAAGGGUGAACUGUAUUGGUUCGUAGACAGGGAGGAAAACUGGGUACAAAAAUCCUAGAUUUCAGUUUUGUUUCCUGCCAAUAGGUAGUUUCCACAGGGCUGUUAACCUAAAGGAUGGUGGCCACCUUAUAUCCAUGUCUUGACCUUUGACAGUCAAGCCUUCACCCAGACCAUGGUCUUUUAAAUAGAACAAAGGCAAAAAACUAGCAUGUUCAGAUUUUAAGGUCUUCUACAAGUAACUUGCAUUUUGAUUAACAUCUUUUUACAGAAGAAUAUUCAUGGGAAAAGUUUUCUAAAUGUGCACUUAGUCACUGUCAGUAUGUGCAGGUUUUUGUUUUUGUUUUGUUUUGGUAACAUGGGCAGAAGGAAAUUACUGCACACUUUGGUAGAACUUUUAAGCUAUAACUUUUUCAGAUGAUUUGCAACCAAAGUAUUUAGUACUAUGUAGGCUAACUGGUUUCUACAUCAGAAACAAGGAGGGAAAUGCCUUGCAGUUUGAGCUCAAAAAGAUUAUGGUAACUGUUGAAGCUCUGCAGCUUAGCUUUCAGGGAGACAGACACAUUAACUAACAUUACCUUGGUUCCCCUUCUAUUCUCCCCUCUUCUUCAUGCCUGGGAUAUAGGGGAUAAGUGUCCUCUCACUUCCUAAGGAUGUUGGGGAAUCCUUUUGUCUCUCAUCCCCUCAGUGGUAGUCAAAUCACUUAAAAGUACUGUUGAAUCUAAUAGAGUAUAAUCACCUUGUGUCUUAAGAAGUGCUGGGAGAAAGGAGGUUAGCAUUUUUCCACAGCAGAUUUGUAAACUGCCUGAGUGAGGACGUUCUCUAUUUUAUAUAAAUAUAUCCUAAAAUUACACUUCAGAUAAAAUAUGUAUUGUAGCAGAUUUGAGCGUUAGUCGUUAAUGGUAGAGGUGAUUUUCCUUCCCUUAAAAAGGUCUCUGUAUACUAUUAAUUUAGAAGAAGAGAUUUUAUUUCUGUAUCAGUAAAUCUGAUUUGACUGUUACUGUACUUUUUGAAAGGUUCAAGUAGCUUAACAUAAGCCCUCUGUACUGUGCACUGGGUAAAACACUUGGUUUAGCCAGCAUCUGGCCUAGUGUUUUAUGAAGACUCUGGUGGCUGAAGAACACAUUGAGAGUUAAGCAGGGUGCCCAGAAAAAAAGUAUUUUAGCCACCAGAAUGAAAUUUCUCUGACUUGUUUCUUUCACUGGCUUGACACCUAUGCAUUAGAAAUACUCAUUUCCAAAAUACAUUAGCAUUUGUCAGAUUUAGAGAUGAAGGCCUUUUUCUUCCCUCUCAUCCUAUAAUGGAAAGAGAUAAGAAGAACGGGGGUGGGGUGGGGGGUGGAAGUAUCCAUUAGAGUCAUGGGUUUGAGGUCUUAAGUCCUUGGACCUUGCCUGUGCCCCCCUUUUGCACUGGCAUCCUGUUCCAAAGGGUCAAGUUUCAAAGUUUGACCACCGGAGUCUGAGAAUUCUGUUAACCUAUGUGGUUUCUUAGCUGAAGCAGGAAAAAAGUUAGUCUUCUGAAUACGUUCUUCAGCAAUAUUUUGUGUUAGCCUUUUCAGGUGACUAGUUGUGCUAACAGAAAGACACUUAAUAUCAGUCUGCUGGUGUUAAAGAACAAAGGAAUGAUGAAUAAAGAGGGGUUUUCAUCUUGGUUUGAAUCCCUCUGGUCAUUAGGCCUAGUUGCCCUCUAUGGUAGCACCCAAGGGCCAAGGAGGAGAAGGUGGUGGGUGGUACUCUUCUACAUUGUCCUGGUUAAUUUGAUGGGGACAUUUCCCCUCUAUACCUAUUCCUCUUGCUUUGAGACAUAGUUGGUUGUUUAUAGCAGUCCUUUAAAAGAUCCUUCUUUUUAAAAAAAAGUAAAGGGUUAGCUAUUGUUAGGACCACAUUCCCAAUAGGUCUCUCCAUAUUAUAUUCCCUGAUAUGUUGUGUGUUUUCCAGUAUUUUUUCCCCUAGACUGAGUAGACUAGUCUCCUUAGGUACAAAAUAGAUUAAAGAGCAGCAAAGUGAAUGCUAACUUCAGAAUGUUCAUCUUUAGCUUGGAAAGUCUCUCAAGGACAAGUCUCUUGCCAACCAGUCCCACUACCAAACAAGUGAAAAGAGCACCAAAUAUUGCAUGAGACAGAUCCCUGGAACAGUGUGUUUGUAUGUAUGUAUGUAUAUAUGUGUGUGUGUGUGUGUGUGUAUCUGUGGGAAAAAAAAUACCAAAUUACUAACUUUUGGAAGACACCUUCUAUCUAUUUUGUGUCUGUAUUUGAUCCACCAAACUGUUAUCUGCUAAGGGAUCUUCCCCUGAAAGUGAGCUGGCCAGAGCAUAUGUGAUUUCCAUGUUACAUUGGGACAAUAGUGCUUCCUUCUGAUGAAGUGCAGUAUUUUAGCACUGGGUGAGGUAGAAUGCUACUGGGGAAGCUUUCCUCAGAAAGUCUUUUCUUCCUCUUUUAGUGUUUAGGACACCAGUGGUGAUCCCUGCUACUCCCAAGUGAGACAAUCCAAAAUUAUAUUUAAAAAACAAACCUUUUGUUACCUAAAUUUUCUUUACCUCUGUUUGCUUUUCUCUGUACAAAAAGUCAAAAUUUUUCAAUGCCCAAUGCAUCAGAGGAACAGCCAGUAAAAAGCCAUCCUCUGUUUUUCUCCAGGCCUAAAAGCCUGGACUGAAUUCUUCAUUUAUGGACGAUGAGUAUGGUUGUCAGUGUUAUACCAUCCUGGUAUAUUCAAACACCCGAACCAAAGUUCAAGACUCAUUCACAGGGCCAGAGAGGGCCUACUAACCAGUCAAAGACUGUCAUUCCCACUUGCUUUGUGCCAGCCAAAGUUCCCAAAUAACAUUUGGGAAGCUCUUCCAACUGAUGAUAGAUUUUUGUUUUAUUUUGUCCUCUCUCGGGCACAGGGCCCAUCACCCUUCUCAAGGAGCUCUCUUGUCCCACUAAUGUUUUCAAAUAGAAUUAGUUCUUCCUUGUGUAACAUGGAAAUGGGUGUUCUCCUGGGAGCUUGUUUAAAUGCCUCAUGUCAAUGGAAAAGCUGCAUAUAGGCAUCUCAUAACAGAAAUAUUUAGUUCCGUUGUGAACUGGUGGUAAUGACAACUACUUUUAUCAACUUAUUAAGUUGGGGCACUAUACUAGCUCUUGCUGAGUUUAGCAAUGUUAUAUGUGUGUGUUAAACACAUAAUGUUGUUAAGUUUUAUGAGGAAAAAGGGAUUAAAAAGCAAAGUAAUGUCACAGAUGACGGAUUUUUUUUUUUAGUGCAUCAAUGGCACAAUGUUGCAUUUAUUUCUAUGCUGUUGAGCUUUUGGGGGAUUUAUUUUUUAAGGUAAAAGAUUUGUUGCAUGACCGACUGUUUUUACUGUUCUGCACUUUCUGUUUGUAUUAUCUAAUUUCAUUUAUGAAUAGAAGGGGAGUGGAUUUAGACAUACACUCCACAUGUGUCCCAGUCCGUUAUUCUGUAGUUGAAUCUUAAUAAACAUUUCAGUAAGUUUAUGAA